AUGGCUUUUUAUUGUUGUGGCAGACUAAGUUCUAAGCCAGUUUUGGCUAGUUUGGGAAGGUUACCUCUUACGUUGAAUACUGCCCACUAUGCACAAGCAGCUUCUGUGCCUAAAAUUACGUUCAAAAAAUUUGAACCACCUAAACCCGAACAUUAUGAUGACAAAAAUGCUCGCCUUAAGCGACCAAUGUCUCCUCAUCUUACUAUAUAUUCACCCCAACUGACAAGUAUGUUGUCCAUUACGCAUCGAGUUGCAGGUAUGAUGCUGUCUGGUUAUAUCAGCGCCCUGGGGAUUGGAGCUUUGGUAUUACCUAAUGAUGUAUCUCACUACAUUACAAUGAUUGAAGGUUUGAAUAUGUCUCCUGCAACUCUUUUCUUGGCCAAGGUAAUAAUUGCCGCUCCAUUUGGCUACCAUUUUGCUAAUGGCCUUAGACAUUUAUACUGGGACACGGCCAAAGGUUUGACUAUCAAAGAGGUCUACACCACAGGCUAUGUUAUGUUAGCCACUGCUGCUGCUAUUACGUUAUUCCUUGCUGCGUUAUAA